GACAUAGCCAUGAUGAUGAUGAUUAUGAAGAAGAUGAGGAGCAAGAAGAAGUAGUAGUCAGAUACAAACGCCAGGCGGAGCAAUACGAAUACACACCCACAAAGACAAGAUGUCCAUUGCUUCUAGUUGCAGAUUACCGUUUUUAUCAGGAAAUGGGAGGCAGUAAUACAAAGACUACAAUAAAUUAUUUGAUUAGCUUGAUAGAUAGAGUUCAUAAGAUUUACAAUGACACAACAUGGCAUGACCGCCAAGAAAAUGAUGGCUUCAAGGGCAUGGGAUUUGUAAUAAAGAAGAUAGUUGUCCAUAGCGAACCUACCAGAGUGCGUGGUGGAGAAGCUCAUUACAAUAUGGUUAGAGAGAAAUGGGAUGUCCGGAAUUUAUUGGAGGUUUUUAGUCGUGAAUACAGCCAUAAGGACUUCUGUUUAGCCCAUCUUUUCACUGACCUAAAGUUUGAAGGAGGUAUCCUAGGGCUCGCAUAUGUGGGUUCACCAAGAAGGAAUUCAGUUGGAGGCAUUUGCACACCAGAAUAUUUCAAGAAUGGUUACACACUCUAUCUGAAUUCAGGUUUGAGUUCAAGUCGUAACCAUUAUGGUCAAAGAGUGAUUACAAGAGAAGCAGAUCUCGUUACUGCUCAUGAAUUUGGACAUAACUGGGGCUCAGAACAUGAUCCUGACAUACCAGAAUGCAGUCCCAGUGCAAGUCAAGGUGGAUCAUAUCUGAUGUAUACAUACAGUGUCAGUGGAUAUGAUGUCAAUAACAAGAGAUUUUCACCCUGCAGUCUACGUUCCAUUCGUAAAGUCCUCCAAGCUAAAUCUGGCCGUUGUUUCUCUGAGCCAGAGGAAUCAUUUUGCGGAAAUUUAAGAGUGGAAGGAGAUGAAGAAUGUGAUGCUGGUCUCCUGGGCACAGAAGAUAAUGAUGCCUGUUGUGAUAAAAAUUGCAAGCUCCGUCGUAAUCAGGGAGCAGUUUGCAGUGACAAGAAUUCGCCUUGCUGCCAAAACUGCCAGUACAUGCCUGUCGCAGUCAAGUGUCGUGAUGCACAGUACGCCACAUGUGAGCAAGAGUCCCGCUGCACAGGAACAUCAUCUGAAUGUCCUCGUAGUCCUCCUAUGGAGGAUGGUACUGGUUGCCUCGAAAGGGGCCAGUGUCGUCGUGGAAAGUGUGUUCCAUACUGUGAAACUCAGGGCCUCCAAAGCUGUAUGUGUGACACAAUUGGAGAUGCCUGUAAACGAUGCUGUCGUAUGAAUCUCAAUGACACUUGUUUUCCUGUGGAUCCAAUGGAUAUUCUUCCAGAUGGAACACCUUGUAUUCAGGGAUUCUGCAACAAGGGUUUGUGUGAGAAGACCAUUCAGGAUGUUGUAGAAAGAUUCUGGGAUAUAAUAGAGGACAUCAAUAUAAAUAAAGUUUUAUUAUUCUUGCGUGAUAACAUAGUUGGCACGGUCAUCUUAAUAACUGCACUUAUAUGGGUUCCUGCAAGUUGUGUUGUGAGCUACGUAGAUCGUCGUCGUAGGAUCAGGGAUGACGAACGUUUUGAAUGGAGACGCAGUAGUGAAUUUUUUAGAGAUGACAGUUAUCGUGUUAUUCAUAUGAGAAUCACAAAGCAGAAGAAUGGACCACAGCAUCAUAUUCCCACAUCACUUCAAUAAGCUAAAGAUAAGAUGUGUGAAAAUGUGGUGGUUCUUCCCCAUUGUUGCAUUUUGGAUUUGUACUGAAGUAAUGUAGACACAUUUUUGUAAGCCUCAAGUUCAUAAAUAUAUUUAUUGAGAACAAA